GCCGUGUCCCGGUUGCUGUCGGUGGUUCGUGCUGCAAGAUGAUAUCAUGUUUGCUUUUUCUCGUAAGAGCUCAUUUUCAUCUUCUCUUGAGAACAAGAAACGAGUCGAGCAUGUAGUUGUAAACUCACCACUACCAACUCCACAGUGUCCAUCGGCGAUAAGGACGAUCUCUAUUUUUUGCCCAAAUCCAUUAUUCACCUCUAAGCUUUUGACUUUUCAAACCCAAAGUAGAAUCAAAUGAACAAUUUUUCUUUAUUUCCCACUUGAAUUGCGUGCACGAGUGCAUUUCUUCGGGUCAGAGGAGGGACCUGCACGCAGUGCUACGCCGAGCGCAUUGUAAUUAUCAAAUCACCGCUUUCAUCUUCAUUCGCAGCUACGAUGUUGACAAGGUUGCGAAACAAUCCUCGCGGCGAACAAGAGACUGCCUCUGGGUGGUCCCCAAGAACUUCACCAACACCGAGGGCGAGGAAGAUGUUGACAAGAUUCCGACCUACCGCUUCUUUUGCGAAACUGCUACUCCUCACUCUCCUAGUUUGCGAGCAAGGUCCUCUGCAAGCCUUUGCGUUUUGGGACGGGUCGUUUGGGAAAGGAGUCUGGGAUCAGCUGGGGCAAAUGUUCUACUCCGCGAACCAAGCCGAGUCGGGAUCUUCGCCAUCGUCAACCUCCGCUUCCUCCUCAACAGGAGCAGGAGAUCUCACAGCCUCCCCGCCGUCGGUUGAGGAGCCCCCUAAGCGGUAUCGGUUGCGGGGGUCCAGGCGGAAGCACCGUUUGGCCCAAGAACAAGCUGCGGAGGAACAACGUCGACUACAAGCGGGAACACGAACAGGAACAAAUCAAGCUGAAGACCAGCAUGCAAGAGGAAAAGACUCAGCCACGACCUCCUUCCUAGAAAAUGGAAAGGAGUCGCAUGAGCAAGAUUUUUCUGACGGCGCAUCUUCAGUAACGACAUCUGCAACUACCAGCGAGCCGGCUGCGCAUCUUCACGAGGUGCAAGUCAAGGUCGCGGCUGCUCGUCCUAGCACUUUCACGCAAGGAAAAACAGAGAGUAGAAGAAGUGCUGGCACUGUCCCCGGGUCUGUGACCACGGGAGCCGGAGAGCAGAACGAGAGCAGUGGCAGCAGGCUGGGAGCGGCAAGUCCCGACGCGGGACCACGAGAAAGCGGAAUUUCGGAGGGCAGGCCGCGGCCAAUCUCUGAAUCGACUAGUAGUACCCCGGCGGCGCCUAUGGAGGUCGCACGCGGGGAAGAAAUAAAUCUUGACUCCGACACAACAAGAAACUACAAGGCGCUGAUGAACAGCGAACCCGUUGUAGCCGCCGCCGCCCUCCAAAAACAAGAUCGUGAACAGACAGUGGAGGAUGGUCUUGCAACUUCUGAUGCAUCGACCUCCUCGGUGCCCAUGGAGCGCGCUGGUGAGCGGGGACCGCACAUCGCGUCCUCGCGCCCUGCUACGUUUACGCAGGGAAAGAAUCGAGCCUCGGACGGACUCGUAGGCGCAGGUGAUGGUGAGAGCACGGACGGUAAUAAACUAAGCCGUGCAAGACAACUGGAAGUAGAUGAUGUCGAAAAACGCAAGACAGCGCCGAGUACCUCGUCUCACUCCGGCACAAGGAAGGAGCACGCAGAACGAUCCCACAAGACGACGAGGCACAACAAUAAGAGACCCGUCAAGAACUACACGACCAGUGUGCUUCAAAAAGAGUCAAGCGAUGGGCCGACAUCUGUCAUUUCUGAAAAUACACCCUCUCCACCUCCAUCUGCUUUCCCGUCGACGAGAGAAGAUUCCUCCAUGCGUUACGAGGAUGGAAUUCCUGUUGCUCCCCCAGCAGACUCUUCUAGCACGAACUUCACGGAAGCGGAGCAAAGAGUGGCGUCCUCGCGAAAGAAAAAUGACGAGUUUCUGGACACCUCAGCUGGCGAACGCGAACAGCAGGGGACCAACAUGUCGGGCACUUCCGAUGAGGCAGCCGCUUUCGUGGAAAACAACAUGGCAGCGCGGAGACGAGGAGGCCGGAAACAGCUGGAAAACGGCGAUGUUGCUGGCGAUGAUGGGGAACAACAGCAAACCUCGGGCAAUGCCAAUGUCUUCGGCGCUACAAGGAAAGAAAUGGCUGAGCCAGAGAAUGUGAAUGAUCCCAAUUAUCAAGAAAAUUAUCAUGGACACCAGCAAAAAUUGUCAAGAAAAGCAGGAGCUCAUCAACAUCAGCAUCGCAGGAAAAAACCCUCCUCUUCUUCUAGUGCCUUUCUUGCGCAGAACCGCGUACCAGCGAAGCGAAGGGGCCGGGGAACGAAGCGAGGUGGAGGACCUGGCGCCCAUCGCAACACGGCAAGAAGGAACCACCACGGUGGAGCAGGUGAGGGCGGCGUCCCUGCUGGAUCUUACGCGUACGGAGCGGGAAGCAGCAGGGGCAUCAACAACUACAACAGCCGCAAUCAACAUCUAAAUCCAGAUCUGUCAGCUACUUCGCUGGAUGAAGACGCAGCAGGUCCAGGUGGACCCGGACAGGAGCAAGAACACGACGAGGAUGCUUCUGCAUUCCUCGCACCUGCUUCGAAAAGUGGCUUGUCGCCAAGAAACGCACGGGGACCUCCGGGUACUCAAGCGGACUAUCGUCCAAAGCACGACGGCGCUGGAAAUUUACGAGGACGACAGCGACAGCGCGCAAGCCUCGCGCAGAAGCAGCAGGAGCACACGCGACGAAGAACGCGAAGAAAUCAACCUGGUUCAGCUGCUUUCCAUCAAUCGGAGCGCGGUUAUCAUUCACGACCACCAAAAGGCAACCGGCAGGGGCGACGUAAAAGCUCUGCCGCUUCUUUUUCCUUUUUGGAAAAUCGACGUGUUGCAAGUAUCUAAAAGAACUCGUGCGCGCUCGGCCGUCCUGCUGCUGCUACUAGCUCCGGGCUUUCAUCUUCAUCUCGGGGUGGAAUUCAUGGUUUGUAUAGGGGGUGCAGCUCGAAAACGAUGCAUUUGCAUGUAAAUGCACUGCACAACUCGAUCCGUGUCCACAAGUGGACACUACAAUUUUCUAUCUCGAGUAAAAAAAGAGUCGGCGUUCACAAUUUUUCCGUAACGGAUGCAUGUCGUUACACUAGACUCUGGGUUUGAUGUAAGGAGGCCCAUUGCAGCCAUUGAAGACGGGUAAGUAUGCACCAAAGGUGGUAUGAAUACAUAGUAGACAUGGUUAUAUUUGUACCGCCCGAACAAGUUGAUGAAGAUGAAGUCGUUCGGUCCUCCGUCAGCACAAGCCAGCGUGACAGCAAUUUUUCAUCCCCAUCCCGGAAACCAGGAACAUGCACCAGCAUUCCCACACUGCGGCGGCGACAACGGGCUUCACGGAGUUGCUUCACCACAACGAGCGGAACAACCAUCGAAGCGGUCGGACCGUGCAGAAUCACCGGACAAACAAGAUACGGGACUGAAAAGCGGCCGUUUUCCAGCAAGACUUACUACUUGAUGAGAGAAAAGAGAUACGAGAAAUCUGAUAUCGUUUCACUUAUAGCUCCGCCGAGCCCGGCCGCGGCCGACUCUCGUUGCAUGCAAUGCAACAACUUCAUUUGUGCAUCUUCACUUCGUGCGAAGAUUCAGCAACAUCAUGAUCAAGCUCGUAUUCAAAUUUACUUAUUCAUUGGCUCGGCACGAAAGGACUUCAUUUUGUGCAUCUUGAUCACCUUCCAGUCAAGAAUUUCCGCAAGCUGCCUGUAGUACUGUCGAGUAGAUGAGGCUUCUUUUUCAGUUUCAUAAUCGGCUGACUACUACCAUGCGCACGGGUCGUCGCACGACCACGACCUGCAUCAGUACCAUCGUGGCAUGGCGACGAGGGGGCGGCACGAUGACUUUUCCGGUGAACCAAGAAGAGCGGCUGCUCCUAGGUACCAUCAUGGUCAGCACCGCAGCGCACACUUGUCGCGCUCCGUCGAAGACGAGGAAGACUCGGUCUCUCUCCACGGGGAGGAAGGUUCUUCGCACGGCGUUCCAGCUUUUUAGCUGUGAUUUUUGCUAUGGGCGUUUUGUUGAAAUUUUGUUUUAUUCAUCAUCCGACUAGAACUAGAUUUUGUGUACACAAUUUUCUUUGUCCACCCUUUGUCACCGCUUGAUGCAUGUUGAACAUGGAUGCAUGGAUCGGAAUCGGAUUCGGUCCUUGUGGCCGACUCCGAAUGCACAUGUUGGCAAAGAUAUCAGGUCAAAGUAGAUGGCUCGUACGGCCACGACCGCGCGACAUUGUGGUGAUUUUGUCGUUAAGAGUCGCUGGUCCUGGUCCAGCGAAGGGAUAAAAGUAAAACUUCUGCUCAAUUGUAUUCAACGUUUAGUGUCUAUUUUUGCGAAUUGUACCUUAUGUUUAAGUUUAUCAUGGUUUGUUAUUUUUCAUGCUUACAUUAUUACCACUGUUUUCUAUUCAUUUUCAUUUCCAAUUAAUUUCAUUGCUUUCGGUAUUUGGUUCCUAUUUGUAGCAUUCAUAUUUCAUCAUGUAAAACUAACUGAAUCUUCUAAUGACUUUGUUGUGUGGUAUUGCCAGGCGUGUUUUUACCAUGCAUUUUUAAUUUGCACCAUAAUUGACGAUCGAUAAUUGACUUGAUUGCUUUUAUUUUUAAUUUUGUUUACACUUAGAUACUGCAUUUUCACUCUGUCUGUAUCACCUGCUACAUUAAAAACAAGGCUACAGUUACCGCUUCACGCAUACGCAAAACGUCACAAGAAAAAUACUUGGAGGGCGCCACUGAGAGAAUGAUGCGG